UAUUAAUACCUGGUUGUAAUAUUCAGCGGUUGGUAGUAUUAAGAAUGUGUCCACAUGAAUUUUGGUAUACCUGCCGCAUGCAUUGGUACCGCUAUCGUUUGUUGCGUCCAUCGCACGUCUUCAAUUCCCCUCUCUACUUCCGCACAUCGCGAUACUUCCGUUGCUUGCCCGAUAAGCAGUGCGCACUUCAUGCACCGAAAAAUGCAGCCAGAUGUAGCCGCGGUAUCAUCGCAACCAUAUUGCCAUUAAUUCCUGUCUCCUGUUUAUUUACGCAGCCUGCCAAAAUGGUCUGGAUUACCGCCGACGAUAAGAUGGCUGGGACGCCGAACACUCAAGCGUUGUAUGCGCAAACCCAGUUGGAUCACAUGUGUGCCCUAGAUAUUGAAAGUCGUGCAUCUUUCGUUCGACUUUCGGGAAUUAUUUGCACGAUCGGACCCGUUUCGAGGUCCGUUGAAACCCUCGAGAAGAUGAUCGACACGGGUAUGAAUAUCGCACGAAUGAAUUUCUCUCAUGGAUCGCAUGAAUACCAUGCUGAAACGAUUAGCAAUGUCAGAGCAGCGCAGAAGAACUUUUCUACUAGUAGGGGCAUUAACACUCCUGUGGCGAUCGCUCUGGACACGAAGGGCCCUGAAAUUCGUACAGGACUUCUGGAAGGCGGCGGGUCCGCUGAGGUUGAAUUAACUAAGGGUCAAACUUUCAAAUUGACCACCGAUAAAUCGUACAUGGAAAAGGGUAACCAGAACUUAGUUUUUGUGGAUUAUGAAAAUAUUUCCAAAGUAUUGAAGGUUGGAAAUCGUGUCUUUGUCGAUGAUGGCUUGAUUUCUCUCAUCGUUACCGCAGUCAAUCCUGAUCACGUUAUGACUACCGUUGAGAACGGUGGGAUGCUAGGUUCCCGCAAGGGUGUUAAUUUACCUGGUGUACCAGUGGAUCUGCCAGCUGUCUCUGAAAAAGAUAAGGCUGAUCUAAAGUUUGGUGUUGAACAAGAAGUUGAUAUGAUCUUUGCUUCCUUUAUAAGAAACGCUGCAGCUUUGGCCGAAAUUCGGUCGAUUCUUGGCGAGAAGGGAAAGAAUAUUAAAAUAAUAUCCAAGAUUGAAAAUCAACAGGGCAUGACAAAUCUCGAUGAAAUUAUCGAUGCCUCUGAUGGUAUCAUGGUUGCACGUGGUGAUCUUGGUAUUGAGAUACCACCGGAAAAAGUAUUCCUAGCUCAGAAAUGCAUGAUCAGUAGAUGCAACAAAGUUGGUAAACCAGUAAUCUGUGCCACGCAGAUGCUUGAGUCUAUGGUGAAGAAACCACGCGCAACUCGAGCAGAAACAUCUGAUGUUGCGAAUGCCAUUCUCGAUGGUGCAGAUUGCGUCAUGUUAUCGGGUGAAACUGCCAAAGGAGACUAUCCAUUGGAAUGUGUGCGUACAAUGGCUAACAUUUGCAAGGAAGCAGAAGCUGCUAUCUGGCAAACACAGAUAUUCCAUGAUCUUUCAAACAAAGCUAUUCCUCCAAUCGAUGCUACACAUGGUGUUGCCAUUGCUGCUGUAGAAGCAUCUGUGAAGUGUUUAGCUAGCGCUAUUAUAGUAAUUACGACUAGCGGUCGGUCUGCACAUCUAAUUGCAAAAUAUAGACCACGCUGCCCAAUUAUUGCAGUGACCAGGUUCCAUCAAGUUGCACGGCAAGCACAUCUUUAUCGUGGAAUUUUACCACUUUACUAUGAAGGUGCGCCUUUGUCUGAUUGGGUGAAAGAUGUGGACGUACGCGUUCAAUGUGGAUUAAACUUUGGCAAAGGUCGUGGUUUCGUUAAAACAGGAGAUUCAGUCGUCGUUGUCACUGGAUGGAAACAAGGCUCGGGAUAUACGAAUACAUUUCGUGUUGUGAAUGUUGACUAAAUACAACUAGCUGGUCUAUAAGAAGAAAAAUGGAUUCAAUGAAUGUAGAUGUUAAAAUUCCGAAUGUAUGUAACUUACACACAUAUGUAUGAUGAGCUUAGUAAAUUCUUUGAAAAGCUUAAAAUCUACCUACAGAUGCCAGUAGCUACAGUAUUAUAUUAUUGACCUUGUGAAGUACCUACUACCUAUGUAAUACAGUAUAGGAAAACAUAAUAUACGUAUACAUACACAUUACAGUAAUAAACAGUAAAGUAAACAUUUAUUCGAAUCAGUAAAUUAUUAAAACUUUCAUUAUUAACAAUUUGACGACUAUAUUCUGGAUUCUCUAAUUUCUGUAUGAAGAUAAAUAAAAAAAUGUAUUUUAUUUUAA